ACUACGGCCCCUCACGUUUCUGUCUUCCUGUUUUGGGUGAAGCAGCUGGAAAAAUGGCAGCUGAGACAGGAAGAUACAGGAGUGCUGUUAGCAAGAGCAAAGACCCUUCUGGUCUUCUCAUCUCUGUUAUAAGGACUCUCUCCAACAGCGAUGACGUCCAAGACCGAGAGACUGAGAAAGGGCGCUUGGAGGAGGCGUUCGAGAAGUGUGACCAUGACCUGGACGAGCAGAUUGUUCAGCAUUACGCUGAGCUCACUACCGCCAUCAGGACCUACCAGAGCAUCACGGAGCGAAUCACCAGCUCCCGCAACAAGAUCAAACAGGUGAAGGAGAACCUGCUGUCCUGUAAGAUGCUGCUCCACUGCAAGCGUGACGAGCUGCGGAAGCUGUGGAUCGAGGGCAUCGAGCACAAGCACGUCCUGGAGCUGCUGGACGAGAUCGAGAGGAUCAAGCAGGUCCCUCAACGGCUGGAGGUCUCCAUGGCCAGCAAGCACUACCUCCAUGGCACCGACAUGCUGGUGUCUGCCGUCGAGGCCCUGGAGGGCCACCUGCUGCAGGUGGAGGGCCUGGGCGACCUGCGCCUGGAGCUGCACAGCAGGAAGCUCACCAUCCACCUGGUGCUGAUCGACGAGCUGCACCGCCACCUCUACAUCAAGUCCACCCACCGCCUGGGCCACAAGAACAAGGACAAGAACGCCCGCGGCCCUAGCUCCGCAGGCAGAGACGUGUCGCCCAUGCCCCUGCUGGACGGCAGCAGUCUCUCCACCCCACGCAAGCUGAUGGACUCCUCCCAGUUCAGCACCCCCGGAGCUGGCAGUGGUGCCAUCAAGGCCAUCAUGGAGCGCCUGGAGCCCGAGCUGAAGCAGAUCGUCAAGAGGUCCACCACCCAGAUAGCGGACCACGCCUACCAGAGAGGGGAGAACCUGGCCCAGGAGAGCCAGCCCAGGCUACUGCUGGAACUGCUGGAGCUGCUGUUUGACAAGUUCAAGGCCGUGGCCCAGGCGCACAGCGUGGUGCUGGCCCAGCUCCAGCAGAUCGUGAAGGAAAGCCCCAGCGGUGCCCACAAGGAAGGCAUCAAGCUCUACGAGCAGGCAGACGUCUCGGCCAAGAUCCAGACUGUGCUUCAGGUCCUGCUCAUGGACUACCUGGACGUGAAGAACAGCCGCAGUGCCACAGAGCCGUCCAGCCAGCUGUCCUACGCCAGCACCGGCAGUGAGUUCGCUGCCUUCUUUGCCAAGAAGAGACCCCAGCGAGCCAAGCAGUCCCUCUUCAAGUUUGAAUCGUCCUCUCACGCCAUCAGCAUGAGCGCCUACCUGAGAGAGCAGCGGAGAGAGCUGUACAGCAAGAGCGGAGAGCUGCAAGGAGGGGCAGACGAUAACCUCAUCGAGGGGGGAGAGAUGAAGUUUGUGUGUAAGCCGGGGGCCAGGAACAUCACUGUCAUCUUCCAGCCGCUCCUCAGCUUCAUCCAGGAGAUAGAGAUGAACAUGGGCCCCAGCCAGGCCAAGCAGUGCCAACUGCGCACCUUCCUCACCUACUACAUCAAUGACCUCUUCCUCAACCAGGUGCGGACGGAGAUCAACAAGGAGAUCGAGUCGGUGAGCCAGGCGGCUGACCCGCUGAAGACCCUGGCCAACGCGGACACCAUGAAGCUGCUGGGGGUCCAGAGACCUCUGCUGCAGAGCACCGUGGUGGUGGAAAAGUCCAUCCAGGAUCUGAUGAACCUGAUGCAGGACCUCAGUGCCUACUCCAACCAGUUCCUGGAGAUGGUGUGUGACAAGCUGAAGGAGUACAAGGACAUCUGCAACACUGCAUACAGGGGCAUCGUCCAGUGUGAGGAGAAGCUGACCAUCAGUGCCUCCUGGUCCAAGGACGAGGACAUCAGCCGCCUGCUGCAGUCCCUCCCCAACUGGGCCAACAUGAGCCAGCCCCGGCAGGCCCGGCAGAAGAGGGAGGACGAGGAGGACUUCACCAGGUGAGGAGGAGGAGGAGGGG